AUGGAUCGCACUGCAUCUGCAGAGUCUACUGGGAGCACGUCCAGCCCAUUUGCGGCGGGAACCACGGGCGUGAAGGUAGUUGCCAGCACAUGGGCCCGUGACUCCCAUGACCUCUUUGACUUUGAAGCGAGCCAGCUGCAGACGAAGUAUUUCAACGUCCCUUCUUCGGCCAAGUUUAUCCGCUCUGGUGUUGAUGUCCAGAUGCUCACAGACCAUGAAAAUACACCAGCAGGCGGUGAACCUAUGCUUCGCUUGGUGCAGCGAGAGGGUUGCUACUGGGUGGACAAGGCAACUCCAGCCAGUAGCUCCAAGAAGCUGUGGGUGGUGGUUCGUGAUCUCGCCAGUUCCGGGCACAAGUUGUCUGAAGGAGAUGUGAUCAAGCUUGGCCGCUUUAAAUUCAAGGUUCGACAGAUGGUUGCAUCUGAAACAUCCACGGUCCAGCCGGAACUGCAUCUGGACGACACCGCGGGCUCUACCUGCGACAUAGAGACUGAUCACGAGAAUAAACUGGCCAAAAUGUCAUGCCGCAUUUGCCUCUUAGAGGGGUCUUGUGACGAUGAUCCAUUGAUCAGGCCAUGCCAGUGCAAGGGAUCCAUUGAAUAUGUCCACCUGGGGUGUUUGCGUCACUGGGUCAAGGGGCGUCUGAAUAUUGCAGACACUCCAGAGGGAUCCUACUUCUACAGGCCGCUGCCUUGUGAAUUGUGCAAGGCUGCGUAUCCCGCUUCUGUCUCCAAGGGCCAAGAAAAGAUGCCUCUUGUGGAGGUGCCUAAGACGAUGCCACCGUACAUUGCCAGGGUGACAACUUCCUCUCAGCCAAGCAUCGAGGGGAUCAAUGCUUACUAUGAGGCUGUCCUGGCAUACAAACCCUUCCCAGCAUGGUCCAGCGCUGCUGAGAAGGCCAUGGAGGAUCCAAAGAGUCCCAUGGCCCGAGUCCUGGCGGCGGACUGCGCCUUUUGCCAGGGAGAUGCCGCCAGGGCGAAGGAGCUGCUGGAACAGCUAAUUGAUGACAAGGAGAAGGAGAAGUGGUCUUGGCGUGAAUGCAAAUAUGUGGAGGCAUGGCGUUCAUGGGUACUGAUGAGCGAUCCUGUCGGGUGUUACAAUACUUUGGCUGAGGUGGUGAAUCGACACCCGACCGAUUUAUUUGCAGUGAAACGUGGGCACAUUAUGGGCCUGAUACUUGGUGAUGGUCAAAAGAUGCUUGACAUCGUUGAGACGGCGGCAAAUGUGUGCGGAAAAGCAGUCCCGCCACCGCGGUAUCUGCACGGCAUGUGGGCCUUUGGCCUUGAGCAGCAAGGCUGCUACAAGGACGCAGAGAGGAUUGCCAAGGAGGGAUUGGCGUUUGAAACAACCCUGGGUCCAGAUGCCUGGCUUGAUCACGGCAUGGCACAUGCGCUCUAUUUCCAAGGUCGGGAUAGAUUGGAAGAUGCAGAGCGAUUCCUCAAAGAGCGAAGUAGUACAUGGUCAAAGGAGGCACUGCACCCAUUCCUGUACACACAUUGCUGGUGGCACCUUGCCCUACUGCAUUGCGAAAGAGGAAACUUUGAUGACUGCCUAGCCAUUUUCGACGAGAGGCUUUGGCCUGAGGGCCCUGCUGGCCUUGAACAAGGCAAAGAUCCUCAGGUUCAGCUGAAUGCCUUAAAUCUGCUUUGGCGACUGGAAUUGAGACAGGCUUCGAUUCUGCCGAGAUGGCAAAGAGUACUUGACGGUUGCAAAGGCCUAUCUCUGCCUAAAGAUGGCGAGAAAGGUCCUUUGCAGCACAGCGAUUUGCUGCUGGACAUUCUUUUGAUCCGCGGGCUUUGCAUCGAUGCAAAGGAUUCCGAGCCUCUGGAGCAAUUCCUGUCUGCAACACAGGCUCAUGCGCAGGAGAUGGCCAAAGGGGCUGCUGGUGCCGAUGGCCGUGGGGAUGCUUAUGGAGCUCUUGCACGCCAUGUCGCUGACAUCUUUCGUUCUGAUCUGCCUGAUACUGCCGAUACUACAGAAAGGCGUGCUAAGGCCAGGGAAGGAGUCUGGGCCCUGCAGUCACAAUGGGGCUGCCUCGGUGGAAGUGUGGAGCAGCGAGGCAUACUGCUUGAGGCAGUCAAAGGCCCAGUGAUUUGUGGCGAGCCCAAGUGA